GAACUACUUUCCACAAAAAUUAUGGAACAACAGACAUCUCAUGAAUCCUCACUCCUAAGCAGGAUUGGAACAAAGAUGGACAGUUAAGAAAAGUAUUGAGCACCUGAAAGGAAAGAGAAAACAGUAUGACACUAAAUACGAACUUUCUCAGAAAUGUUUUUCUGUACAAGUGUCUGUUUGCAUUAACCUUUUUGAACCAUGUCAGCCUGUCUGUGGAAGAUAAACUCUUUUCAUCUGUUUCUAACAAUUUUCCAGAAGAUGAUUCUAACCAAAAAAUCACAAGCCUGCCACUCCUGUAUACAAAGAGUCAUCAGUCCAAAGCUAAAAAUGAUUGGGUUGUGAUACAAAAUACAACAGAAAGCCUGUCAUUGUCAGAAAUCAUAAAUGAAAAUGUAAAAAAAUUGAUAGCUUUAUUAUCUAAUUUCAGACAAGGAUCCAGGUUACAAAAUCUGACACUGACAAAUGUGUCAGCGAAGUGGAAUGAUCUCAUGGAAAUUUUUCAGAAUGUAUGGCACUCAUCCGUUGAAUACUUCAAUAUUAACAAUGUAACACAGCUGUUACACAUUAAAAGAUAUAAGUUUAACUACUCAGGUACUUCUAUGAAAGCAUUGACAAUGAAGAAAAUUAUAAUCACGGACAUGUACUUCUCACAGGAUGACCUAUACAAAAUAUUUGCAGAUAUGAAUAUUGCAAACAUGACAAUAGCUGAUUCGGAGAUGAUUCAUAUGCUUUGUCCUUCACGUAAGAGUCCCUUUAGAUACCUAAAUUUUUUAAAUAAUGAUUUAACAGAUUUUCUUUUUCAAAAAUGUGACAACCUACCUCAGCUGGAGACGUUAAUCUUGCAGAAGAAUAAAUUUGAGAGCCUUCGCAAAGUAAGCUUCAUGACGAGCCGUAUGAAAUCCCUGCAAUACCUGGACAUGAGCAACAACCUGCUGCGCCACGAUGGUGCUGGCGUGCAGUGCCAGUGGGCCGAGUCUCUGGCAGAGCUGGACCUGUCCUCCAAUCAGUUGGUGGAUGCUGUGUUUGAGUGCUUGCCAGCCAACGUCAAAAAACUCAGCCUACGAAACAAUCAGAUCAGCAAUGUCCCCAGCGGGGUGGCGGAGCUGAAAUCCUUGGAGGAGCUGAACCUGGCAUCGAACAGGCUGGCCGACCUGCCGGGCUGCAGCGACUUCACGUCCCUGCAGUUCCUGAACGUGGAGAUGAAUUCGAUCCUCACCCCAUCUGCUGACUUCUUCCAGAGCUGCCCGAGGGUCAGGGAGCUGCAGGCCGGGCACAACCCGUUCAAGUGUUCCUGUGAGCUGCAAGCCUUUAUCCAGCUGGAGAGGCACUCGGGGGGGAAGCUGUUUGGCUGGCCGGCGGCCUACGUGUGCGAGUACCCAGAGGGCUUGCGAGGGACGGAGCUCAAGGACUUCCACCUGAGCCCGCUGGCUUGCAACACGACGCUGCUGCUUGUGACAGCUCUGCUGCUGACACUGCUGCUGGUGGCUGCGGUGGCCUUCCUGUGCAUCUACCUGGAUGUGCCGUGGUACGUGCGGAUGACGUGGCAGUGGACGCAGACGAAGCGCAGAGCUUGGCACAACCCCCCCGCAGAUCAGGAGGCCAUUCUGCAAUUCCACGCCUUCAUUUCCUACAGCGAGCGCGAUUCGCCGUGGGUGAAGAACGAGCUGAUCCCAAACCUGGAGAAGGGGGAGGGCAGCGUGCAACUGUGCCAGCACGAGAGAAACUUUGUCCCCGGCAAGAGCAUUGUGGAGAACAUCAUUAACUGCAUUGAGAAGAGCUACAGGUCGAUCUUUGUGUUGUCUCCCAACUUUGUGCAGAGUGAGUGGUGUCACUAUGAGCUGUACUUUGCCCAUCACAAGUUAUUCAGUGAGAAUUCCAACAGCUUAAUCCUGAUUUUACUGGAGCCCAUCCCUCCGUACCUUAUCCCUGCCAGGUAUCACAAGCUGAAAGCUCUCAUGGCAAAGCGCACCUACAUGGAGUGGCCGAAGGAGAGGAGCAAGCGCGCCCUAUUCUGGGCCAACCUCAGGGCAGCCAUUAGCAUUAACCUGCAAAAAGCUAAUGAGAACUUGUAUGAGGAAACAGAUGAAGCAUCUUUCUAAUGGAGUUUCAUCUGUUUUUUCUUUGUGAAAUAAUAAAUAUGAUUUCCAUUCAUUGUAA